AUGGAUCCUUACGAAUCUCCUUCUGAGUUUUUAAAUAAAAAAAAACAAAAGAGUCAAAAGAAAGGUAAUUCUCUUAUUAUUAGUAAUGAAGAAAAAAAUAAAUGUUUAGAAGAAGAAAAUAAUAAAAUGGAAAAUGAGAAAAAAUUAAAAUUUAUUGACAUUUUUGAUGAAGAGAAUGAAUUGGGAAUAAGCAAUGAUAUAAUAAUAAAUAAUAACAAAAUAAAUACAAAUAAAGAACUUGUCAUAAAUAAUUAUGAUAAAAUAAAUAAUCCUAGGGAUAUAAACAAGCAACAUUAUUUAAUAAACACCUCAAAGGAAAUUGCUCCAAAGAAAAAAUCUUUUUUUAAUAUUUCAAAACGUAAAGGAAACAAGGAUCAUGAACAUUCUUUCCAUCAUAUACAUGAGAAGGAGAAAAUAUAUUUGGAUACUCCAUAUAAUAAUAAUAAUAAGAAGAAUAAUGUGAAAGAUAUUAUUUGUGAUGAUAAACAAAUCAAUUGUUAUAAUAAAGAUAUUAUUUGUGAUGAUAAACAAAUCAAUUGUUAUAAUAAAGAUAUUAUUUGUGAUAAUAAACAUAUCAAUUGUUAUAAUGAAGAUAUUAUUUGUGAUGAUAAACAAAUCAAUUGUUAUAAUGAAGAUAUUAUUUGUGAUGAUGAUGGAAAUAGUCCCGAUGAUGAGCGUAAUAAUAUCAUAUAUAAUAACCAUUAUGAUGACAAUGACUAUUAUCCUUACGAUAUUAAUUAUUUACAAAACAAGGUGUGCGAGGUAAAGAUAUUACUAGAUGCUUCUUUAGAAAAAGAAAAAACUCUUUGUGAGGAAAAGAAAAUUAUGGAAAAUAAUUAUAAUAUUGCUUAUAAAAGUAUGGAAGAAAUGAAGAAUGAAAUAAUAAAUAUAACUAAUAUACAUAAUGAAGAAAUUAUAAAGUUAAAGGAAUCUUACGAGAGACGACUGGAUUUACUUAAACAAGAAAUCGAUGAGAAAGAUAUAUUUUUUAAAAAAAAAAUAGAAACACAAGAACAAGAAAAUGUUACACAAAUUAAGAAAUGUGAGGAGUUAUAUAUAGAGGAAAAGAAAAAAAAGGAACAUCUGGAAGAUGUGAUAAAAAGAUUGGAGAAAGAGAAAGAAGAUGUAAUAAAAAGAUUGGAGAAAGAGAAAGAAGAUGUAAUAAAAAGAUUGGAGAAAGAGAAAGAAGAUGUAAUAAAAGGGUUCGAAAAAGAGAAAGAAGAUAUCAUAAAAGGGUUCGAAAAAGAGAAAGAAGAUGUAAUAAAAGGGUUCGAAAAAGAGAAAGAAGAUAUCAUAAAAGGGUUCGAAAAAGAGAAAGAAGAUAUCAUAAAAGGGUUCGAGAAUGAAAAAGAAGAUAUAAUAAAAAGGUUGGAGAAUGAGAAAGAAGAUAUCAUAAAAAGAUUGGAGAAUGAGAAAGAAGAUAUCAUAAAAAGAUUGGAGAAUGAGAAAGAAGAUAUAAUAAAAAAAAUGGAACAACAAAAUGAAGAUAUAAUCCUUACAAUGAAUAAAGAAAAAGAACAAGAAGCUAAUCAAAGAAUAAAUGAAUAUAAGAACCUUAUAGAAAGUUAUAAAAAAGAUAAGGAAAAAUAUUGUAACAACGAAAAAGUAUGGGCACAUAAUAUGAAUGAGAGUAAAGAAAAAAUAAACAAUUUAAUAAAUACAUUAAAAGAAUAUGAAGAAGAAAAUAAGAACCUUCAAAAUAUUAUAAAUCAAAAAAAUGAUACCAUAACUAAUAUAGUUAAUGACAUACUACUUGUAAAAAAUGUUUAUGAAGAUUUAAUAAAAGAAAAAGAUAUGCAUGAAAUAGAUAAGAAUAAUCUUAUACAUAAAAUAAAAAAUCAUGAAAAUGAUAUGUUAUCUCUUCAAAAUAAUAUAGAUAAAUUAAAAAAAAGUAAUAAUAAUUUAAAUGAAGAUUUAAGGAAAAAAGAAAAAAUUAUCAUCACAUUGAAAAAUGAAAAUAUGUAUUUAAAAAAAGAAAAUGAAAUAUUUAAUAAUAAUUUCUUAAGUAUCAAAGGAGAAGAUAAAGAUACAAAGUUAAAAAUUUAUUCAACAGAUGUUACUGAUUCAACAAAUGAUCAAGAUGACAAAACUAAUGAGAACCAUAAAAGAGAUGACACAAAUAAUAUAAGUGAUGAUAAUUAUAUAAAACAUCAGGAAACUAAUAUAAUAGAAGAAAAAAAAAUUAUUAAAAAGGAUCUGUUGAAUUCUAAAAUUUUGAAGUUUGGAAAAUAUUUAAAUUAUAACAAUAUCAUAACAAAGGAUGAUUCUUCUGAUUAUGUUGAAGAGAAAAGCACAAGAAAUAAGGAUUUGUCAAAAAAAAAAAAAAAAAAAGAUAAAGAUUUAAAAAAGUAUUUAAAAUAUUACGAUAUUUCUAAUGGGGGAAAAAGGAACCAGAAUAAUGAUAUUGAUUUGAUUAUGGAGAAAAAAUUAUAUAAUGGACCAACGUCUAAUAACACAAAGGAGGAUAUAAUAAAAAUUGGAAAUUAUAAGGAUAAUAAAGAUCACAAUAAUGAUCACAAUAAUGAUCACAAUAAUGAUCACAAUAAUGAUCACAAUAAUGAUCACAAUAAUGAUCACAAUAAUGAUCAUAAUAAUGAUCACAAUAAUGAUCAUAAUAAUGAUCACAAUAAUGAUCACAAUAAUGAUCACAAUAAUGAUCACAAUAAUGUUCAUAAUGAUCAUAAUAACAAUGGACAAUAUUAUAUGUUGUGUAAAGUCGAAGAAAAAAAAAAGGCAGAUCCUUCUUUUUCUUUUUCUUCUUCUUCUUCUUCUUCUUUUUCUUCUUAUCCUUCACAUUCGUCUUAUCCUUAUUCAUCUUAUUCCUCAAUAUGUUCAAAAGAAAAAAAUAACAAUAUCGUACAUAUUAAUAUAAAUAAAAAAAAUAAUCCUAAAGAAGAUGAAAAAGGUACUAGGAGAAGACGACAUAAAAGUUGUAACAAUUAUUAUAAAACAAGAUAUGAUAGUAAUAGUCCUAUUAAAAAUAGCAAGAAUAAUAGUAAUAAUCUUCAUCUUCAUUCUUCUAGUUUGAAUGCUUCCUAUAGUCACACAAGUAGUUAUAAUAAACAUAAAAACAUGAAUCAUAUAAUAAAUGAAGAAAGUAAAAUGAGGAAUGAAACGGUUUCAAGAAAACAAAAUAAACAAAUAAAAAGUGCAGAAAAUAAAUAUGAUAAAGGUUUAUUAAACAAAAUAUAUUACAAGAAUGAAGAAAAAAACAUACAAUUCAAUUUCUCGAAUAUCAUACAACAGAUAAAUGAAAAGGAUAAAGUAGAAAACAAUAAUAUAUAUCCAAAUCAAAAUAUAGAUAGAAUGAAAUAUAAAAAUGAUAUAGAUUAUGUAGAUAAUUAUAUGGACUCACAUCAAACAUCACAUAUAAACUUAAAAAAAAAAGAAAACAAUUCUUACAAUCAUAAUAUACAAAGUCAUGAUAUUUAUAGAAAAGAAUUAUUAAGCAAUAAAUAUUUAUAUGAUAAGAACCUGUAUAAUUAUAAAAAAACAUACAACAUAUUUAGUUUCAGCAAUAAUCAUAUUGGUGAACACAAUGAAAUUAAAAAAAGGAUCGCUUAUAAUAAUAAUAAUAAUAAUAAUGAUAAUAAAAAAAAGGAUCUGUCCCUUCUUUUAAGAAAUGAGGAAAAUAUAAAGACACAACACCCUCUUAACAAUAUCAAAAAAAAUAUACUUCAUGAAAAUAUAAAAUAUGUACAUAAUCUAGAUAAAAAUGUCCUAGAUAUAAACAAUUUUGAAAAUGAUGAACCUGUUGAAAAAAUACAACUUAAUAGUUCUUUGAUAAGACACAAGAUGAGGGAGAAAGGUUUUCAUAUGGACUAUGAGGAAAAGAAGGAAAAUGAUUUUAUGAAUUCUGAUGAACAAAGAUAUAAAAACAUGAAAUAUUAUUUUUCUACUAUUUUGAAAAAAAAACCAUGUUAUAAUAAAUUGAAUAUACAAACUAAUGAUGAUCUAGAUAUUUUGUCACACGAAAAUAGAAAUAAAUUAGUAGGUGAUACAUUUGAAGAUUUAAAAAAAAAAAUAAAAGAUCAAAAGGAAAAUAGGGGUUUCAUAAUAAGUGAUUAUGAUAUAUGUAGAAAUGAGGAUUGUGUGGAUACCAUGAGUGAUACUAUAAAAUAUAACAAGGAUAAUAAUAUGAAUAGUAUAAAUAGUAUAAAUAGUAUGAAUAGUAUUAAUAAUAAAGAUAAUAUCUUAACUUCUCAAUUCUCCUCUUCAAACGUGUUAGAUAAAAGCAUGAACCAUUUUGUACAUCCAAAUGAUACUAACAAUAAUGAGAAAAAGAUUUCAAAUGUUAACUCUUAUUUGUUGAAAAAUUAUAAAAAGAAAAGUAAUAUGUAUGGUUUAUUUAUUAUAAAUGAGAGGCUCAAAUGUAUUUAUAACAACAUAGAAAAUAAAAGAAAAUCUAUAAGUAACCUUCCUCUAUAUAUUCCAAAAGUUCAAGAAACAAAGAAAUGCAACAAUUCAUUUCAUUUAUUAAGAAAUGAGCAUAUAAAUAAUCAAGACACCAAAGAAAACAAUGGAAAAGUAAUAUCUAAAGACAACCUACCCAAGAACAACAUGAACAUAAAUCAUAUGAAUAAUAUACCUGAAGAGCAUAAAUAUACUAAUGUGAAUAUUAAUAACUAUAACAAAAGGAUAUUUAAAAAGGAUAUGGAAAAUAUCAUGAGAAAGGAUAAUAUGUAUAAAAAUAUGGGAUCAAAUUAUAUAUGCAGUAAUAAAACAAAUAAUAUUAAUAAUAUAGAUAAUAAUAUAGAUAAUAAUAUAGAUAAUAAUAUAGAUAAUAAUAUAGAUAAUAAUAUAGAUAAUAAUAUAGAUAAUAAUAUAGAUAAUAGUUCUCCUCCUUUUAUGAAUAACAAAAAUAAUGAGCAAGAGAAAAAAUUACAAAUUUAUGAAUAUAUACAAAAUCAUAAUUAUAUUAAAAAUGAGCAAGACGUCAUUAUAUCUAAUGAUAAACAUUUAGAAAAUGAAACGGUAUGUGUGGAUAUUCUUGAGGAUAAUAUAAAUAAAAGGAAUCAGGAGAAAAUAAAAGAUAUCGAACAUAAGAAAUUAUAUAAAAUUUAUGAUAAGAGUGACAUGGGCAAAAACAAACAAAUCGCAACUCUGAACAAUGGAAACGAUGAUAAUAACACGAACAAUAAUAAUAAUAAGUCUUACUAUGAAAAAGAGUGUAGUGAAGAGAACAACAUGUAUUCACCAAAUUCAAAUGUGAAAAAUAACUACAUAGGAGAUCAUAACGAUAUAGAUUUAGAGUAUGACGAAAUGCUAUAUAAAAAGUAUAUACAAAAAUUAAAAAUUAACAAAAUAAAUAAAUAUAAAGAAGAUAAUAAUACCAACAAUAAUAACAUAAACGAACAAGAUAUAUUACAACAUAAUUUUGAUAAUUUCUUAUUAUUAUAUAAAAAUAAAAAAAAGAAAAAAAAAGAAAUGAUAAAUCUAUAUUCUAAUAAAAGUAAUAUAUUGGAAAACAUCAAAAAUCAAAUGAAUGAUGAACAUAGAGAUAUAAAAAAUGAUAUUUUUAACGAAGAAAUACAAUGGAAUGAAAAAAAAAAAAAACAAGGAGACAAUACAUAUACAGAAAAAUUAAAAUUGUUAUCAAAUGAUUAUCCAGAUGAAAGAAACCAUAUUUCUAUAAAAAAUAAAAAGGAUUUACAAAAAAAAAAAAACCUAAUAGAUUACUAUAACAAAGAAACUAAUGGUGUGGACAAAAAGAUUUUCUUUAAAAAAAUUAUUAAUUCUAAUGAUAUAAUAAAAAAAAUGAUGUUGGAAAAUGAAAAAGAUCAUUUCCUUUUUAACAUAAAAAGGGUAUAA